AUGGCUGAUACAAAUUCAUUCAGAAUAUUUAUUCGUGCACGUCUAGUUCAACGAGAAUAUCGUGUUAAUAAAUGGACUACACUUGAAACACGUUUUGGUGCAGCAGUAACGACAUUACAACAAGAAUUACCAUCGACUCAAUCAAUGAAACGUAUUCGUUUAUUGAAAAUUAUGGAACGUUUUAGCGAAUUAAGAGAAAAAUAUGCUACUCAAUUAGCUGAAUUAAGUACAGCUGGUAUUAAUGUUAAUUGUCCAUGUGUACUUCGACAAUCGGAGAAAAAUCAAGGCGAUGUUACCAAGGUUAUGGAAAGAAUGUCACGGCAUACAGCACAGAAGGAAAAAAUAACAGAACUUCAGGCAAAAUAUGCAAAUCAAAUUGCGCAACUUGAAACUGAUGGUACAAUAACUGAAAAUAAACGAAUUUUAAUACAUUUAUUAGAAAAAACUGAUGGACAAGUUGAUGUUGUUAAACAACGUUUAAAAGAAAGAAAAGAAAGAAGAAGAGAAGAUCGAGAUAAACAUCACAAUGAAGCACAAGGAACUGAUGAAACAGGAUCAACAUUGAGAAAACAACAGAAACUAAGUGUUGAUGAUAUUGAGAAUCUUAAACGACUUCGUUCAGCUGGUGUAAAUGGAAAUCCAAUGAAAGUAUUAGCAACCUUUCAUGAAUGUAAUGAAUCAAUUGAAAUGACAGUUGCUCGAAUUCAACAAGAACGAGAACAACGUCACCAAUGUCGAGAUGAACGAAAAUUACAACGUAACAUAUUAGCUGAAGCUGAAAAUGGUUAUAUAAAAAUAAAUAACCGUGAUGAUUGGCCACGUGAUAUCGAGCAAGUUUAUUUAGAUGGAAAUAAUAUGAUGUUUGUUGUUGAUUCUCUUCGUCGUUUAUGUUUAAAUCGUUCUAGUAAAAAAACUGAACGUGCUUUAGGAGAAAUAGCUUCCGCAUGGAAUGAACAAAUGCAUAUACCAGAUGUUGAACUUAUCUUUGAUUCAACACAUCAAUUAGAUCAAAUUGGGACAGUUAAAAUUUCAAGUGCUCAACCAAAAUAUCGAACAACUGAUGAUAUGUUAGUUGAAAUCUCACGACAACCUGAAAAUCGUGAAAAAAAUAAACGUACAAUCAUUGUAACCUCUGAUCGAGGUUUAGCAGCACUUUUACAACAUGAAGGAUGUUUAGUUGUUAAGUCAUAUAAUUGGUUUGCACAUUGUGUUAUGACUUUGACACCUGAUUUAAUUAAUUAUCAAGAAUUAACAGACACUAUGACAAUACCAUCAACACUAACAACAAAGAACAUUCGUUAUAACUUCGAGGAACUCGUUUACCGUAUUGCUAAUAUUGAUAUAUAA